GACACAAGAGGAGAGAGGGAGCGUGUCUGGAGCGGCUGCAGAGAGAGGGAGAGAGAGGGAGUGAAAGAGCUGAAUAAUGGAGGUGCAGGCGGACUGUCUGGAGCCCCCCACGGCCCCACAAACAGACCCACAGCCAACGGGAAGAAUCAACAAAGCUGCCUUCAAACUCUUCGGACGGAGGUCUACCGGCUCUGGAAUGGCAAGCUUUUUUUCUUUCCGAAACAAAGGAGCUACAAAUAUGGGAAACAAUGGAAAUUCAGACAAUGGGAGUUCAUUGAACGGGAAUGGAUCAGCUGCAUCAGUGGAACUCAUCAGGAGCAAAACACACGAUGGGCUAACAGACACUAACAACGACAUGGAGGCACGGCCAGGGGAGGGACAUGGCGGCAUGGAGGCGGUACCCGUGAGGUCUCUGAGCAAAUCAUUCAGUUUCUUCUCUUUUCUCAGACGUGGGAGUUUUAGAUCAAGUGACAAUGGAGGGGCGGGGUUUGUGCGAAGAGGGAGGGGCCUCAAGGGGUUCUUCAGCAGCAUGCGAUGGAAGCGUAAGGAAAAAACAAUCGAGGGAGAUGUGGAGGAGAAAGAUGGAGGUACAGAGAAAGCUCAGGAGAUUGCUGAAUGUGAAAAGGAUAUCACUCUUACUCUUGAGCCCCCUCCUCCACAUCACGCCCAAGAGGACUGUGGGAAUACAACAGAGGAACCUGAUCAUCAUGCAUCAGGAACCACCACCACAAGCGUUACCAUGACACCCCAACACUGUGUUGCAUUGCCAGGCCCAUCUGGUGUGCCAGACAGCAGCUUCCCUUUCACGCCCACUGAUUCGCCUCUUCACCCAGCCAUACCCAAAACCAAAGCCUCCAUUUCCAGCCUGAGCCCAUCCCUCGCGACACCCCCACUGGACCGCUGCAGCACAGGCGACCCCCCUUCAGAGCCCUCUGUCGAUCGUCUCUGCUCCUUGCUCUUUACCGAUGUCACGUCCCUCAAAAGCUUUGAUUCACUCACAGGCUGUGGUGACAUUAUUGCUGAUGCAGAGGAGGAAGGCCCAACUGGCAAUGGAGGCAGCGGUACCAGCAGCAGCAGCAGUGGGGGCGGAGGGGGCAGUAGUAGUGUGAGUGUGAGUGUGAGCGCAAGUGCAGUUACAGCUCCUAGUAUCACCUGCAGUGCCAUGACUCGAAUGUCCCCAUGUAAACCUCCUGUACUUCCUCAAGUGACCCAAGUCUAUUCCACAAGCUCCAUGCCAUCUUCGCUUACAGCUCGUGUCAGAGCCCCAGAUUCACCUCAGCACCAAAAUGGAAGUGGGAUAGUGGCGUAUAUGGGUGGCGGAGAAGAAAUGGCAAGUCCAGAAGGAGUGGAUGAUGCCGACAUGCAGGGGCUCUGGCACAUGCUUCCUUCAACAAGAGAGAACUCCCCAGCAUUACCCCGCUCAUAUCUACCGACUUCUACAACCCCAACAUCCACAUAUCCACCUCGCUCUGCGUCCAACCCACCCAGCGGUCACCUAUCAUCAGCUGGGAGAAGCACGGAACGAAAGGUACCCCAGGUCAAAGCACUAGGUCUUAGUAAGAUCCCUGUUGUUGGCGGGGCAGGUGCUGCCAAACCACCUCUACCACCUUCACACAAUCGCCAUCCAACAUCACCAGGUGAAAAAGAGUUGCUAAGCGAUGAGGGUUACUGGGAUACCCCUUCAGCCACCCCCAUGGCAACACCGGACGAAAGCAGAGAACAAGCUAACCAGAAAAUCACCCUAUCUCGUGACAGUUGUUCAGGGGACCAUCUGUACGACCUCUACAAUGACCCAGAGGAGGAAGACGAUCAGGAACUCAACAGUACCCCCUCUCCAUCAUCUGAAUACAAACUCAGCCCCACUUCUCAAACUACUCCACCAUCCUCUUCCUCAUCUUCCUCUUUUCGCUCAGUCAAAGGCAACACCAGCCUUUCCCGGGAGUCCAAGAUACCAGUUAGUUCGAGACCAUUGUCCCCACCACAUUCAACAAGCCAAGAAACAGAACUGUCUCCGCCAAAGACCCAAGCACCUCCUCCGGCCCGAACACGAAUCCCUGUUUCCAAGUUACCUGUCCGUCGUUCUGGAAACACACCAGGCAACCAGAAGUAGCACCCACCAAUGAAGUCUGUCUUUCUCCUUUAAUUUAUGAUCAUACAUGUACUGGGCCAAAAGUUUCCCUGGACCUUGAGAAAUACUGAGUUGUGGAGUUAACAGGCAGGAAAUUCUUCUCAGAUAUUUAAAAAGUUGUUCAAUGUAUUUGGGCUUUCUGAAAAGAAUAAGAGGUUUUGUUCAAUGAGAAAGUCACGAGAAGGUUCCAAAAGCUGGGUUAAAUCUUCAAAGCUCGCCCUGGAAUUCUGUAGGCAAAGAUAUAAACAUGCAAUAGACAAACACUGACCUUCUAACUUGCAACUGGAAACUUCUGUCCUGCUAAGAGCUUGACAGCCAUUUUGUAAUCUUCAGAUUAACAAUGCACACUGCAACAAAGCAGAGCACCUUUCAAUACUUAACAAGGUUAUAAUUUGCCCACAAGGACCUAACCUAAUCAAAUAUUUACUUUUUCUAUUUCUGCGUUCCUUGUGUAAUUUUUUCAAACUCUAACAUAUAACAAAUUACCUCCUAAUUCUCUAUUAUAGCCAAAGUUGAGAAAUUGUCAGCUUUUACUAACUACUAGCACUACAACGACAGCUUUGGACAUUCUAUAUUCUUGGUCCUAGAAG